CGGACAUUCGCCGAUCGCUGAUAACACGCUUUGAAUUUCUGAUUAGGAAAAACCAAAAACCAAAACGUCUCGAGUAACUUACCAAGUGUUCCCGACCGUGCAACGACGGGCGACGUUAAUAAUUCAUUAUUACAUUGCUAAACAGUGAACACUCGAUCGACCGCAGUCUUCCACAAUAUUCCUAUUCCAUCACCGUGCAAUUUUAAUAGUCGCCCACACUGUCCCUGAAUACGCGACGGAAAUACAAUAAUAGAUCGACCGAAAAUGGUGGUGAAAGUGUACAUGUCCGGCAUAUCGGGUAACAAGGAGGUGAAGAAACGCCAACAGAGGGUCACCAUGAUAUUGGAUAGCAAGAGCAUAUCAUACGACCUGGUGGACAUCACUGAACCAGGGAAGGAAGACGAAAAGGCUUACAUGCAGAUCAACAGUAAGACCAAGGAUGGUUCAAAAAAUGCUCUGCCGCCCCAGAUAUUCAAUGAUGAUGUUUAUUGCGGGGUUAGUAUGAUUAUGYCAGAUACGUGUAUGUAUCAUUUUAAACUAUCUCAUCUAAUACUAUUUGUGCCGAUUGGAAUAUCAGUAUAUUUAAAUAGUUAUUGA